CCCGUCUCGACCAUUCCAUGCCAUUCGAAGGGACGAGAAGCACAAAUCCACAGCACCAUGAGAUCACCGUGAAAACAAAAUGCUCCCGCUCACACCCAUUCUCCCUCCAAAGCCAUGCUCCGACGAUUUCUCUCUCCCCGAUUCUUCUCCUCCCUUCCCUUCCCCGCUCCCUCUCCCAUCAAAGAUAACACCCAUCUCACCCCACUCCCUCGUCUCCUCCACCUCCUGAACCACUCCUCCACCUUCGAACACAUAGCCCAGAUUCACGGCUUCAUGCUCUCUCGAGGCCUCGACGCCGACAACCUCCUCCUCGGCAACUUCAUCCACGCUUGCUCUCUCCUGGGUUUCAAAGACUACGCCUUUUCCGUCUUCGAACGCAAAGACCAACCCGAUAUCUAUCUCUACAACACCACGAUCCGAAGCCUCUCUAAAACUGAUUCAGCUUUAGAUGCCAUUUCUCUCUUCAGUAGAAUCCAAUCCGUCGGUCUUCGACCCGAUACCUAUUCCUUCCCUUUCGUACUGAAGGUGGUUGCUCGAUUGACCAUGCUUGAAUUGGGCGAAGAGAUUCACGGCCAAAUUGUCCGAGUCGGGCUGCGUUGUGAUAUUCAUAUCUCGACCGGUCUUAUUAAUAUGUACUCAGCCUGUGGAGACAUCCAGCAUGCCCGGCUUCUGUUUGAUGAAAUUUGUCAUAGAGAUGUUGUUUCAUGGAAUGCGAUGGUUGCGGGCUAUGUCAAGGUUGGGGAUAUGGACAAUGCACACGCGCUUUUUGGGUGGAUGCCCGAAAGGAAUGUGAUCUCGUGGACGACGAUGAUCGCCGGCUAUGCUCAGAUGAACCGCCCGGAUGAGGCAGUUGCUAUUUUUCGGCGGAUGCAGCUGGAGGACGACGUUGAGCCCGAUGAGGUCGCAUUGUUGGGAGUUCUUUCAGCUUGUGCUCAGUUGGGUGCAUUGGAUCUGGGAGAAUGGAUACACGGUUACGUAGACAAGCAUAGGUUAUACAAGACUGUUCCAUUGAUGAAUGCAUUAAUAGAUAUGUACGCAAAAUCUGGAAACAUAGAUAAAGCGAUGGAGGUGUUUGAGAAUAUGAAGCAUAAGAGCAUUGUAACUUGGACCACGAUGAUUGCUGGGUUUGCUCUGCAUGGGCUUGGAAAUGAAGCGCUUGACAUGUUUGAUCGAAUGGAGAGAGAGAAUGUUAAGCCAAAUGAUGUUACUUUUCUAGCCAUCCUAUCUGCUUGCAGCCAUGCUGGACAAACUCAUCUGGGUCGGUGGUAUUUUCGCCGCAUGCGUUCAUUGUACAACAUCAAACCUAGGAUUGAGCACUACGGAUGCAUGGUUGAUCUCCUUGGUCGGGCAGGCUUUCUAGGAGAGGCAUGUGAUCUAAUAAGAGAUAUGCCAUUUGAGGCAAAUGGAGCCAUAUGGGGAGCUCUUCUAGCUGCUGCUCGGAUCCAUGAUGAUGUUGAGCUAGGACUGCAAGCCUUGAGGCAUCUCAUUGAAGUUGAGCCCCAGAAUGGUGGGAAUUAUAUCCUUCUAUCUAAUAUUUAUGCAGCACAUGAGAAGUGGGAUGAUGUUGGAAAGCUGAGGAAAGUGAUGAAAGAUAGGGGAGUAAAUAAAGUGCCGGGAGGGAGUUCUAUUGAAGUUGAUGGCAUGGUCCAUGAAUUUACCUCCAGAGAUGGAUCUCAUCCUUGCUUUGAGAGGAUAUACAGAGUUUUGUAUGAGAUAAAUGGGCACUUAAAAAUGAUUGGGUAUGUUCCGAGGCUUCAUGGAGGACUCCUUGAUUUUGAAGAAGGAUAAAAAACAACCCAAAAUGGAGCUUGGAAAAUGAAUGAAUUUUCACUUUAAAGUGAUACUUCCUUGGGCCAUGGAUAUAAUAAAUGUGUGAUGAUGACAGAUUUAUGUGAAGCAAGAGAUGAAGAGGCUCUGUUUAGAACUAUACAACUUGCAAUGUAAGUCUUCUAAUCAGCAGGGUCUUUGUGCAUGAGUUUAGUUCCUACAGUUACACAUUUCAACUCAGAAGAAACAUCAGUCUUUCAUGACACUGCAAGGGAUAUAACCAUGCAGUGCAAGUUUCUGCUAGCCUCAAAUAUAUUUUGGGACAACGAGAGACCAAGUGAACGUUCAUUCAACUCAGACCUAUUGACUGUGCAUCAGUAUUGCGAAUAGAUACAUCCCAUUCCUCAUGUGCUUCAUCUGCCAUUAGCAAACACAUAAAACAAGUUGCAUCACAGGACUCUCAUGGUAUGGAAAAUAAGGUCUAGAUAAUGGCUUGUCAAGUAACUGACACUGGAUUUGUCCAACUGAACCACACAUUCAUAUAUAACACAAGGUGAAAGGCAACAGCACAAAUCCAUUGAAAAGUUCGACAAGAGCAACAAAACAAAAUACUAUAUGCUGUAUAAUGGUACACCGAGUGAAGUUAAUGUUAUGCGGGUCAGGCUGUCCUGAGCAGAGAACAUCCAUUCCUGUUAUUUGAAGAUAGCUCGCAUCAUUCAGAAAGUGCUACAGAAGGCAUAAUUACCAGUGAGAUCUGCUUGAUGUGGAAUUAGCCUGGGUAGAAGCUGUGGAUCUGAACCGACUUCCCAGCUCAUAUAAUCUUUUUACUUGCUCAUAGUUACUCACUUUGAUUGCUACUAGCUUCUCAAUCUCGAUACCACCAUCUGGGCUCGUUUGGAUCGAAAGGCUGUGAGCAGAUAUUGACAAGUGAUAUCAGCAACGAUUGUUAUCUAUAAUUCUUAUAUAUCAUUGUAGCUAUUCAUAUAUUGCUAAGAUUGUCCUCAUGACUGCAGCAUUCUGAGGUCAUUGUCUCAAACAUAAGGCAUCUAAUUGGCAUUGAUAUGCACGGCCUCAAUAAUGUCAUCAGUUCUAAAAUAAAUGCUCA